UCUAUUUUUAUUACGUUAGAAAAAAAUAAACCCUGGCAAAAAAUUGAAGCGCGUUCAAAGCUUUGAACAAGGAGAGCAAAAGCUUGCACUGUUCUAGAAUCUUCCCAUGGAAGAACGAGUGAAAGGCACAGUGACGUCACUAUCGUCAUUGUUUCCGGUAGAAGAAGCCCAGAAAGCAUCGAAGCGCGUGCAGGACACGAUUGCCGACCGCCAGAAACAGCUGGACCUGCUCCGAGAUUUCGCCGCGGACAACAAUAACCUUAUUAACCUUGUUCAGAGAUUGCCUGAUCAGCUUCACCACGAUAUCAUGGUCCCGUUUGGAAAAGCAGCAUUUUUUCCCGGUCGUUUGAUUCACACCAAUGAAUUUCUGGUUCUAUUGGGAGAGGGUUAUUACGCAGAAAGGACAUCCAAGCAAACGACUGAGUUACUGAAAAGAAGAGGGAAGGAUUUAGAGUCCCAAGUGGAAUCUGUAAAGGCUGUGAUACAAGACCUUAAGGCCGAGGCUUCAUUUUUUGAUGCUACAGCUUCUGAGGCUGCGGAAGGUCUUGUAGAGAUCAGAGAAGACUAUGCUGAGGAAACUUCUCCUGAAGAGUCAUCCACAGUUGGCAUCCUGAAACCUGAGCUUCCAAUUUCUUCUGAAGGAGACGAUGCUGAACUUGCAGUUGAAAAUGAGGAAUAUGCUCGCAUUUUAUCCCGGAUUGCCGAGCUUGAGAAGGAAGAAGAAGAGGCUGAAAAUCCCGAACUUGAGAAGGAAGAAGAAGAAGCUGAAAUUGACAAUAAAUUCAAUGAAGAAGAGCUGGGUAAAUCUGGAUUAGAUGUCAGCACAGGUCAAUACAUCCGGGACCAAGAAAUAAACAAUUCUGGAGUGCGUGGUUCUAGUAAUCUCAAGGAAAGAGCAGCAUCUUCAAGAGAUCACUCCAUUGAAAGUUUUCCUGAACAGCUGCACGUUGAAAGUUCAAAAUCAGUAACUAAAGAUGAAUGCUUAGCUUGGAGCCUAGCUUCUGACGAGUCCAAUGUUACUGAGAAUGCUCCAAAACAGAAUCGAAUGAAGGAGGAUACUAAUGUUCCUAUGAUAGCUGAAAAUAAGGCUUUUACUGGAAGUAUUGUUGAACGCGCUGGUGCCUUUGAUAUCAAGCCAAGCGAGCAGACUGUUGGUCGUAGCACAAAGCCAGUAUCAAGGUUCAAAAUGCAGAGGAAAUAGAUGUCUAUUUCGGUUGAGUACUUGAUUUUGGACAUUCUCUUGUUGAAAAAUGCCGAUGUUGUAUUUUUGCAAGUUCAAAAUAGACACCUUGAACUUAACAAUAUCAGUAGAAAUGGUUAGUUUACACACCAUCAUGGAA